UUUUCAAGGUUCACUAAAUGCUGCUAAUGGUAAUCCAAUUAGAAUAUCAUAUCCAGAUACAGACACAAACAGCGACACAACAAUAGAAAAGCAUGCUCAACAGGAGCAAAUAAUAGAACAAUCUUCAACGAGACGGAUCUUUCAACUUAUUUUUAUUACUUUAUCGUUCAUUGGAAUCGGUUUGAACGAUUCAGCUACUGGAUCUAAUCUCAAUAACAUACAAGAAAAAUAUGGGUUGAGUUUCAAGGAUGCCUCAUUCUUUUUUCUGUCAAAUGCAGGUGGAUAUGCUAUUAGUAGUGUAUGCACAGUACAUAUCAUGUACUAUUUUGGAGUACCUUUAACAACAUUUGUUUCAGCAAUGAUUUAUUCUGGUGGGGCGUUACUAACUGCUUUCGCACCACCUUUUCCCGCUAUGGUGGUUUCUUUGUUUUUGCAAGGUGUAGGAAGCGGAAUACUGGAUGCCUCAGCUACAUCUGUCCUUGCCCUCAUUGCAUCCUCUAGCGUUUUAUCACGAGUUUAUGCCUCCUUCUCAUUUGGAUCUAUGAUUUCACCUUUCAUAAUUGGUGCUUUCUCCCAGUAUAACUUGACUUGGCAUUAUUUCUAUUUCUUCCCAAUGUCAUUAGGAGUUAUCCUUUGCUCAACUUCCCUGUUUAUAUUUAAAGGGUUUUUAUUACCAAAGAAGAAAAAGGAAUUUGACGUAGGUGUUAACGAUGGCUUAAAGUCAGUCCUUUCCAAAAAGGUUGCCUGGUUAUCGCUUAUUUUAGUUUUAAUGACAAAUUCACAUCAAUGCAUAAACUCUCAAUGGAUGCCUUCUUUCUUAUUGUAUAAAGGCUACAAAGAUGAAACUUCAACAUACGUGGUCGCUGGAUUUUGGGGUGGCGUGACAAUUGGCAGAUUAGCUGGACCGACUGUCUUUAAGAAAGUAUUAGAGAAGUUCAGAAAUUUAGCAUUAGUUGUCGUAGCAACGGCACUCUUAGGUGUAAUAUGGGGUGUCGAGAAUAUAGCUGUCAGAGCAGUUUGCCUGAGUUUGACAGGUCUAUGUUGGGGUGAGAUCGUGGACUAACUACCCUAGAAAAUAGUCUGACGACAUUCUAGGCCCACUUAUACCAGCGUCGAUUGAUAUUGGAGUUACCAGACUGCCACAGCAUGAGACGCCAAUAAUAGCUCCCCUUAUUAUAGGUUCUGGCUUGAUUGGUGCAUCAUUCGCACCAUUCUUGUUUUCAUUUGCAGCUGAAACUUUCACGGCGAAAAUACUACCGGGUGUUUUGGUAGUGAUAGCAGGAUUAGAAUUUAUUUUAUUUGUUUUUGUACCGUCUAAAUCACAAUCUGAUGAAUUUUAAGAAGACAGACGCAGUAAAGAGGUACUACAGAUAAUGAUAUCAGACUGAGUUCCUUAGCAGAUGCAACCUGAAUAAUAAGAUUCUAGGUCUUCAAUCGUACAGCUUCAAAUCCUCGUCUUCAUUCCUCAACUGCAUCUUCAGAGACUGGCCGACACCUCCUUAGUCCACAUUCCUUGAAGAUCUGUCAAACGAAUCUGUCAAGUUUUAUAGUAAAUCUUUGAUGUUAAAUAGGAAACAUAUGUAUAAUAAAACAAAUUUUGGCCAACGUAAUCAGUGCUUAUGUGGUCGAAUACUAUCAAGCGAGACGUGGGACCCUGAUUCAAUAUACUGUUCAAUUACGUGUGCUCGUGCCGAUGCCUUAGCUGCGCUAACAGCACCAGAAGACUUGACAUACACUCGAGCCAGUCACUAUAGACGUGUAUCAUCAAAGCAGGAACUUCAAACAAAAGCUAAAGAAGCCUCAAUAGCAGACGUAGAAAAUGAUAAUCAAUCUUAUUCAUCGCAGAAGUCUGCGUCGCGACAGAGUCAUUGGAAGAAAGCAAGACAGAUCUUAUUCGGUAGUCCUGGCUCUUCCGAUGAGAGUAACCCUGAUGAGAAGAAGUCGAAAGGCAGGGUCCUUAGGCGCAAAUCUAAAUCGUAUUCCAGUUUGAAUCCUUCGAAGCAGACUAAAUCACCACCAAAGCCAUUAGGCCAACCAAAACUUAAACUAAAGCAAGCAACGCGUCAGCAGUCUGAAUCAAGUGAUGAAGAGUUGAAGCCACCACCAUUACCACCAAAGCCUGCGAAAAUACCUUUAGGUGCCCGUCAUAAACGUGUUCCAGCGAUUAUAAAGAUUCCAGGACGUGAUGUCGAAUUUGCUCAUUCGAGGAAUGGGUCUACAGCAUCAGAAGCUCAAACGACAGCAUCAUCAGCGACGACGACAACGACGUUUCAAACAGAGACUACUGCAACGACGGCGCCUUCAAGUUUGAUACUAGAUACGCCAGUACUCUCAUCGAAGAAAGCUUCUUUGAAAGACAGGGAGUCACUUGCAUCACGGAUUACAUACCAGCAAUCACCCGAAACAACACCAAUACCUGCGAAAGUAGACACCACCCCGAUCGCAACAGAGGCUCCUGCUAUCAGUCUUAACACAAGUGAUAACACUUUGAUGCGGUCACCUUCGUCUUCAAACACCAUAGCCCUCAAUAGAGCACGUUCAAAGGCAAUGAGGGAUAGAGCGAAAAGACUAUCACUCGCGAAAUCAUCAAACAACCUUCUGCAGGUAGCGUCCAAUCAGAGUCUUACGAAAUCGCUUCAUCAAUCACAAAGUUGUUCAACUUUCAAGCCUGCGACAACGAGCACAUCAAGACAGACAUUCGAAAGCGCCUUUGAUGGCACGAAUCCAGCAGAUUAUAGUCCAAGCCCUACAUGGGAAUAUGAUGAUAUUUACAAUAGUAACAGUAAUCUCAGACAAACUGAAGAAAAUGAGAAUACUAGAGGUUUAUUACCAUUACAGCCAAUUAAUGAGGUAGUGUCGCCAUUAGUUGACUAUGAUUUGAAUUGGUUCAUGCAGCACUCGGCAUCUUAUAAAUCAAUCAAGUUGGCAGGAACGGGAGGAGCCCCAUCAGAAUCACCUAGCAUACCUCAGGCAAUGCAUCAUAACGAUACAGUCACGAAGAGGAAUGUCAGUAACUCACAUUCAGUCACCGAUCAGAACGAGCUUGAAGAUCUGGAUGAUAGCGUAAAGCAGGCUCUGUUGAUGGCAGAUGACGUUCUGGCAUUUUCUUAAUCCUUUUCAUGAUCUUUUAUGAUUCAUCUCAUGCACAUCGCAAAUAUCAUCACACAUAGUUUUUAGUAAUGUUCAACGCUCAUUAUUUAUCUCAAUUGUUG